AAAGGGUGGGGGCGCAAGGGGCGGGGCGAGCCCUGUAGGAGAAAAUCGGGCCUCCCUGCCUACUACCCGCGGUCCCGCUGGGGUCGCUGCCAGCCACCCAGCCGCCCCUCUCGCUGAACCCGCAGUGUCGCCCGCGCGCCCCGAGCCCCUCCAGGCCAGAGGCUCCCGCAGGUGAUGGCGGACGAGGGUGCGGGGGGCCUGGAAACCGCCGCGCGCCCGGUCACCGCGUCUGGGGCCCAAGAGGCUGGGGGUCGCGGGUAUUCCGACCCCGCAGCCCGCCCAGGGACCGCCCUGCCUGCCAGGGAGGGCCGGGAAGCGGCCUCCGCGGCCACUGGCCUGAGCCCAGAAAACGGUCUUUUCGGGGACGGGGCCCCAGAAACCUGUGGCGCAGAAGGGUGGGAGGCUCGGGCUGGAGCCGGCGGGAAGGCAGAGGAAGUGACGACUGGGGAGGGCGCCAUCUUCAUGGAGGAGGCGGAGCGGGAGGUGGGGAAGCAGCAUGUGGGAAAGGAGAUGGAGGUGGCCGAGAAGCUGGUGCGGGGGGAGAAGCUGGAGGUGGGAGCGGAGGCGCAGCAAGGCCCGGGGCCCCUGAACUUUGGUGGCCCAGUUGUGGACCCGCUGGAAGCCAUCCAGUGGGAGCUGGAGGCCGUGAGUGCCCAGGCGGACAGGGCCUACCUGCGGCUGGAGCGCAGGUUUGGGCGCAUGCACCGGUUGCACCUAGCCCGAAGGAGCUUCAUCCUCCAGAAUAUUCCUGGCUUCUGGGUCACCGCCUUCCUGAACCACCCGCAGCUGUCAGGCAUGAUCAGCCCCCGAGGCGAAGACAUGCUCUGCUACCUGAUGAAUUUGGAGGUGAGGGAGCACAGGCACGCCAGGACGGGCUGCAAGUUCAAGUUCAGUUUUUGGAGCAGCCCCUACUUCCGGAACAAGGUGAUAGUGAAGAAGUAUGAGUGCAGAUCCUCAGGCCGGGUGGUGUCAAUCGCAAGUCGCAUUCGCUGGCACUGGGGCCAGGAACCUCCAACUCUGGUACACAGGAACCGGGACACCGUCCGCAGCUUCUUCAGGUGGUUCUCACAGCACAGCCUCGCGGAGGCCGACAGGGUUGCCCGGAUUAUUAAAGAGGACCUGUGGCCCAACCCCCUGCAGUACUACCUGCUCUGGGAUAGGCCCCACAGAGCCAGGCAAGGCCUAGCAAGGUGGCCCACAGAGGCCCCUCCUAGGCCCUAUGGGUUCCAGUCUGGCUAAGUCCUGCCCUGGGACCUGGCCCCUACGCAAGACUCCUUUCUGCCUCCUGGGGACCUGUGCUUAGGCCAGCCAUGGCAGUCGGCUGUCUGCUUUCUGUUCCGUGUACUCUGAGCCCUUUGGACUUCAGUGGACUCAGCUCUGAGAUUGUGGCCUUCAUGGCCACGCUCUUCUGUUUCCAUGUAGGCUCCAUGCAUCACAUGACUGUCACAUGCCACAGUGUCUACCCAAGCACCCAGCGCUGUGGACAGGUACUACCAUCAUCUUCAUGGCCUGGACCUGUCUGAUCAUGGCCUUCCACCCAUUUUUUACAUGGGCACCCACAGGUCAUCACUAGGAGGACCAGUGCCUCUUUGAGGCCUACUCCUUCAAGGCCACAGCAUGCCGGGCUUCAUAUUUAUGCUGACCCCACACCUGUCUGUGGCAUGGUGAGUCUUGUCACCCAAGAGGAAGUGGAUGCACUUGGUCAGCCAGACUUGGACAUUCCAGGACCUCAGGACCACAGGCCAGGCUAGUGGACUGUUGGGCAUCUAGCAGAAUGGGCAUGGGGUGAGGUCAAGGACAUGAAGCAGUGGGCAGUGCAUUCUUUGUGAUCACACUGCUCUUCUUACCCCUGUGCUGGUCCUACCUCCCGACCUGCUACUGACUUGUGACAGCCUGUGUCCUACCUGUGUCUGGUCAUCGCCCUUCUCGUGAGUUUCACCCACGUUGCCAGCGACCUUGUUGCCUGCUCCCAGGUCUAUAAGGACCUCAAGAACUGCCUGUGAACCCAGGUGGGCCACCUGCCAAUGCACAAGAGUUCCCAAACCCCCAGGAACUCUGCCACACUGGCAUAUCUGGGCAUGCACUUAAGGCAGGGGCAGUAAUGGGGUCCCUUCCAGAAGCCUGCCUUCCUGAGCUCCAGUCACUGGACUCACACAGAACCCAGCUCCACUGUCUCCACUUGUUUUUAGGCUGCCAGCAUGGGGGCGCUGGAGAGAGGGUGUUUCUGGUCAUGAGGCCUUUCUCCACCUGCCGAGAUCUCACAUGUUUCUUUUUAUUUUCUCUAAAGUGAUAGCUCAGAAACAAAAUAACUGAAGAAGCAGGGUUUUUUACAAACAGCUGAGGAGACAGGCUUUCUUGUUGAAUUUGCCUCUCUGAUUGUCUCCAGAGAGGGAGGGUUGUCCUGUAGCUUGCCGGAGCUCUCUUUGCCCCCUCUGCUCCAGUGCCCUGCCCCCCUCAGCAAGGGGGGACCGCACAGGGCCCCUGAGCAGAGACACCAGGAGCUCUGGGCCCGCAGGGAAAGCACGUUGUUCUGUUUCGUGCUGUGUUCUUGGAGACUAACUUUAGCUCCAACUCUACUUUCUUCUCCUUUCGCCGGGUCCAAACCCUCAUGGGAUCCUGUUGGUACAGGAGCUUAGCUGUGCCCCCCUCCUAAGACCCCCUAAGACAGUUUUCUGGGGCUGUCUCCAUCUCAUUUUGGGGGAGUGACCAUACCCAGGCCCCUUCCCAUGGAAGGCCUUGUCUUCUGCUCCCGAGGACCUGGGGAGGC